UCCGGGCCAGCAGCAUGCCGGGAUGCUUCCCCAAGACGUGGCUGGCCGCGGCCGCGCUGCUGAGCCUCGCGUCCUUCCUGCUGCUGGCGGCCGCGCUGGCCGUGCCCCGGUGGCUCUCGGCGAGGAUCCUGUGCCAGACCGGGGCUGAGCUGGUCAACGCCACGGCGCCCGAGCUGGCCAAGUUCAUCGGGGACAUCUCGUACGGGCUCUUCCGCGGCUGCAAGGUGCGCCAGUGCGGCCUGGGCGGCCGCCGCUCCCGCUUCACCAUCUUUCCUCACAUGGUGAAGCAGUUGAACACCGGCCUUCAUGUCAUGAUUUUAAUCUUCCUUUUUAUGGCCAUGGCCUUGGCCCUGGUCAGUAUGGGAUUUGCAAUCCUCAAUAUCAUAAAGGUCCCAUAUCGUGCCGUAAACGGUCCUGCUGGGAUAUGUCUGUGGAAUAUGCUUGCAGGUGGUGUCGUAGCUUUGGCCAUUGGAAGCUUCAUGGCGGCCGUGAAGUUCCAUGACCUGACGGACAGAAUUGCCAAUUUUCAGGAAAAGAUCUUUCGCUUUGUUGUCGUGGAGGAACAGUACGAAGAGUCUUUCUGGAUCUGUGUGGCAAGUGCUACAGCUCACGCGGCCAAUUUGCUGGUGGUGGCCAUUAGUCAGAUCCCCCUUCCUGAGAUAAAGACCAAAGUAGAAGAAGCGACCGUGACGGCUGAGGAUAUCUUGUAUUAAUGGCCUCCCCUACCUGAGAAAGGCUUAUGGGAGAUGAAGUGAAGCAUCAUCUUUCGGGUUCUCAUGUUGCUGACUUGGAUGAAGACCUUUCUUCCUUCACGCUUUGGCCACAAAUUAAUUGGCAGUGAGUUUAUAGAGUCUAUAAAAGUCAAUGGAAACUGUCAGUAAUUAUAGCCAGGGAUUGUAAAGUAUAUACGGCAUGGACCUCAUUGCCUGAAAAAGGAAUUAAUGAUGUAAUCAAAGAUGUACAAUAAUGGCAUUUUCUCUAGAGACUUUAUCCUAGGAAAUAGAUGGACUCAGAAAAGUCAGACUGAUUUAUGCUGUAUUCUUUUAAGGGAAGCAGACAGGAAGAUGGUAGUGGAGAGGCUCGGGUUCCAUUGGUUAACACAUGUCUAUUGAAUGACAUAGAUUCAUUCUUGUUGUGGGAACGGGCCUGUAAAUUAAAUUACUCACCGGAGGAGUUCUGAGGAGAGCUGUCGGCAGAGCGAAGCAUCCUCUCAGGAUCUGCUGGGGAGGCGCAGGUGGCUGGGGGAAGGCUUCCCGGAACCGUGCACCUGGAUUCACACCCAGAUGUGAAGACUCAUUUUCCACUUUUGUCUUCACGCCAAGAGGAAUUCAACAGUGCCCGCACAUCAGCUCCAUCGGUUUUUAAAAGGCCGGCCCUGGGUUCCACAAGGAGGACGUUCACUGCCCAGAAGGAAGUCGACAACUCUUCUGUAUCUGGGACCAAACCUCAGCAGCCCGAGGGCCCUGGCACUUCAGUAGUUUGCCCAGAGUCCCACAACUAGCACGCAUCCAAAGCAGGAUUUGAACACAGAAGUUCUUGAUCCCAAGAAGUCUAACUUCAACACUGCUGCUCUACCCCUAGAAGCUCCAUGUCAUUUGAAAAAUGAUGGUUUUAUAUUUCUAUAGAGCCUUACAGGAUUUCUUGUGCUCCAUUGGAUUGAACUUAAUGUCAGAGGAAAAAGCCCUGGAUUCAGAGUCAGGAGUCGCAAGUUCAAAAUCUGACUGCCACUAAUUGGCUGCAUGGCUACUCAAAUAAUUGCUCUAAGCCUCAGUUUUUGUAUCUGUAAAAUGGGGAUAAGAUAAUUUGUUCCCUGCCCACUGAUAUCCUGCCUAACUUCAGUGCUCAGAAGUUGGAUUUAUUUCAGUGCACAGUCUCCCUGGCUCAGAGCGGACACCGAUGAUGUGUAAGUUAUAUGUGUGAUUUGUCCAGCUCUUAUAGACUCAUGUGAUCAAUUUUAAGCUUCCUGUUAACAUGAAGAACAUUACUGUGGAUCAUUCAAAACAAUAACAAACUCUCAAAGCAUUUCUUUUUUUCCCAAACCCUAUUCUGCUUAGAGCAACGUAAAAAUUAAUUUGCAUUCCCAAGGUUCAGAGUAUCCUCAUGUUUAUUUGGAAUCUCGGUGCUUAGGGAGACUUCCUCCUCACAGCAUCCCUGGCGGAAAGUCUGUGCAGCAUUUCUGUACCCAUUAUGCAGAUGAGGACACUGAAGCCCAGGGUGGCACCUGUUUAUCUGGUUAUUCUCUAUCUAGCCACUUGUAUCUUGAGCACCGGGAGGGUCCUGGGGGAGCAUUUAGAGCUGGCUAGCACACUGGAAGCUAACACCGGACUUGAUUCCUUAUUACUUCUGUUACCUUGGACAGCGCUUUUGCUCUUCUACAGGAAUGUAGCAAUAGUAUGAGAUAAUCUUUUAAGGUUCUUUCCAGUUCUAAAUUUGGGGAAAAAAAAAAAAGACCAUCUCUAAUAUUGUGGGGUGGGAUAAUUGAGAGGUUAAGACAUUUCAAUAUGGUUUCCAAAUAUUCCCUGAUGAUUCACAUCUUAAAUGGAGCCAAAGGAGGUGAGAAAGAUUCAGAUCCACCUUGUUUCAGGGACCUGGAACAUUUUGGCUCUCAUAGGCACCAAUCUUUGGUAAUAAUGGUCAAAUUCAUGUUUUUAAUAUUUUAUUGUCUUACAUGAAAUAAUUUACAUAAGAAAACACUCAUCAUAUUCUUAUUUUCUGAUUAAUGUGAAGUUACGACAAUGCUAAUAUUUAUUUUAAGAUUGCUAAUACGCAUAUAAAUCUUGAUUGCCAAUAUUAAAUGCACUGAAUUGUACCAAAGCUAAUGAGAUUUAGCAUAUUAACUUUUAAAAAAUAUAAUAUUAGUGAAACUAACUCAUUAUCUAGAUUAUUAGUGAAAAUAAGGAAUUACUUUAAUUCAUGAAAAUGUGUGUAAUAAAAGGAAGAUUAAUUAUAUUUCUUCAAUUCUCAGAAAAACCAGUUUGUGGAAAUGGGAUUCUCCAAUUUGUUGUAACUUUUUAGAACUUUUAAAUAGGAGAGUUUUAAGAAAUUAAAAUUGUUUAUUUGCUUGAGGUAUGGGAUCUGGAUCUGUGAUUUUCAUGAUCCAGGGUGUUGGACUUCUGAUGCGGAAAUUCCCUUUUCUAAUAUAAAACACCUUACUUUACAACUAUGGAUUAAAUUGAUUAAAUAUUAUGCUUUAAUAAUAAUAAUAAUAAAUAUUAUGAUUAAAAUAUGCAUCAAUAAAACAUUCUGGGAAUAAAACUUACAUGUGUAAUUCUGGAUGAAUUAAUGCCUUCAAAGAAAAUGAAUAAAGGCUGAAUAAUGUAACAAACUUAAAGAAGCAACAGCAUCUCCAUCCAGUUAUCCGACAUAUCCAACAUCCUGCAUAUCUCCAACAUUUCAAACUGUUUUAUUUUUGAUUAUUAACAAAACAUAUCCAAAUUCCAAAUGGAUUAAUGAUGCAAAAACCCAUUUCCAGUAACUCCAAUAUUUCUCAGGUGAUCUUUUAUGAUUACAAAUCUUGGAGUUUCAUGCAUUUAUUCUAAUAUUCAAAUAUUAAGUGUCUACUUUGUACAAAACUUUGUGCUAGGCUUCAGGAAGAAAGUAGAGCUUUAGCUGAAACAUGAAGGAAGUCAGGAGGCAAAAACCAGGAAAGAGGGAGCCCUGGGCAUGGGGGACAGUCCCUGGAGUCCAGGAGUAGAGAGUAUCAUGA